AUGGACGUUUGUAAGGCACAGCCGCCUGUCGCCAUGGUUCAACGGAAGACCGCGGAGGAGAAUUUGAGGCCGCCAUUGGCUCCCUCAGAGAAGAACAAUGGUGCCCCUGCGCAGCGCAAGUCCCGGACAAGGGAGGUCACGUCGAGGUAUAAGUCCGGGAUCACUCCCCUUACCAUACCUCCUCCCUCAUCCUCUGCGGCAACUCAGCGGUGUCCAUCGCCCAAUGUCGGCCGGACGGCUCUGUCACCGAGUCCACCUCUGCCCAAGCGGUCGCAGUCGGCGGAGAGGAGGCGGCCCCGCACGCCCACUUUCCGAGCUUCGACGCCGUGGUCCCCUUCAAGGUCUCCGGCAUCGUGUUCUCCAUCUUCAAAGACUUCCACACCGGUCCACGACGUCACAGCGGGGAUGCAGCCCUCCUCCAAGAGGUCAGGCGUUGGCCGGACGGUAGACGGGCUGUGGCCCUCCAUGCGGAGCCUGUCUGCUUCGUUUCUCAAGGUUUCUCUGUCGACCCCCCUGGGUAACAGGGACGAGAGAAAUUCAAAUUCCGAUACCAGUCCCGAUCACGCCUUGAAGUCUCUAAUCCACGCUGUGGCACAGAGGAAGAGAGCUCCUUCCAGAGGGAAGGACGGCUCGUUUCAGUCGGAGAAUUUCAAACCCGUGGAAAACACAGAAGCCAGAGCAACGGAGCCGCACCGGUGGCCGGGUCAAAUGAGUACCAGUUUUUCUGCUCGAGGUACGUCCAGGAGUAUGGAUUUCAGCGACGGAGGCGGUCGAGCUUUAACCAUGCCAAGCUAUCUACGAGGUCCUUCUCCGACAUGGAUAGCUCACAUCUCUGGGGAGCAGAGCAGAGGUCCCCAGAGGACCCCCAAGGAGGUCACGAGGACAAUGUCCUUGGAUGGAAGCGGACAGCUGGAGCGUGAACUGAGCGCCGCCAUGGGUACUUCUUUAUAUCAUUUUGAGAGAGCUCCUUCAUCGACUCGUCCAAAUAGAACUCUCUCAGUUCCUCUGGGUGGAUCACCUUGUCCUUCCCCAACCAGCAAGCCCCUUUCGCCAUCGUCCACUUCCUGCCGGAGCAUGGCCAGUCCAUCUCGCUCGAUGCCAUCAACUCCUGCUUCAUCCAGAGCCUCUUUUGCUCGGACUGGGAUCCAAUCUUCCGUUAUAAGUUACUUUGCCAACCUUCGGAAGGGAAAGAGGAGCGCAGCUCACAUCGAGGACGCCCAUCAACUGCGGAUUCUCGAGAACAGGUGCUUGCAGUGGCGCUUUGUCAACGCCCGGGCUCAAGUUCCCAUGUCCGUUCAGAGGAUAACAUCAAAGGUAGGAUUUCGAUUCUUUUCUCUCAGUAUUUGACGUCCUUCUUCGUGUUCUCCUAUGCCUUCAAUUUCCAAGAGCAUGAUGCAAACUCCACCCUUUUCCGGUUUUUCUUCUGCCAUACAGAUCCUUUAAAAAUUGUGAUCCCUUCUAAAUUCAUGUUGUACACUCCAGAAGUACCAACAUUUAAGUGGGUAAUAGUGCGGUCUUGCGAAGGACCAGUUUUCCGAGAGUAUCUCUAGUUAAAGAUCCCAAAAAUAUUACCACAUGGGAACUUUCCAUCUAUCCAUCUAUCCAAUUGCGAAGGACCAAUUAUAGCUUUCCAUCUAUCCACUUCAUGGAUAGGUCAAACAGAGUUCUUUACGAUUUUUUCUUGAUGGAUGAUAUACAAGCUUCUCAUUGCGCAAAACAGAAUAUCCUAUUCAAUGUCUGGGACGCUACUUCAGAAAUGAGUGAUUCAGUCGUCGCGAAAAGAAUACGGAUGGAGCAACUGGUGCGGGAGAUGAAAGUGAGCCUCAUUUUGAAAGCUCAGGUAUGUUCUGUCGAAUAUGGUGCCAAUCAAUUUCCUUCAGAAAUUAAUAUCCCGUAUUCUUCUCCGAUUGGUCCUUGAUUUAAACAACUAUCAAAACAAGGCCAUUUCAUGGCCUAAGAAAAUGGGGGGAAAUUUUAUUUCAGAAAUAAAAACACCAAUUUGAGCACAUAAUUUAUGCUCUAUUCAUGGAUGCUUACAAUUUCUCUCGGGUAGAAAAUAAAUUAUGCAAAGACACAGUAAAAAAUAGUGAAAUUUUCUACAAUGAGACUGUUCGGUUGAUUGAGUUAACUUUCCCAGCUUCAAUUUUUUUCAUAAAUUUGAUGUUCACGCUCUCAGACCAAUGGAAAAUGAAACUAGGAAUCGUUAUUAUUGGAGAUUAAUCUGAAAGCUGUAAUGUUUCAGAUGAAAUACCUUGAUGAAUGGGCAUUCCUGGAGAAGGCACAGUCUGGUUCGUUGGUAGGGGCUAUUGAGGCUUUGAAAUCAAGCACACUCCAGCUCCCAGUCACCGGGGGAGCAAAGGUAUCUAUGUUCUCAUAUCUUCAAGAAAGAUAUGAAAUGAUAUGUCAGCUGAAAAGCAUAUGAUCAAUUUUAUGAGGAAAUUGUUCCUCAUCAUGGUUUCCUUUUGCAGGCAGAUGUCUAUGCUACGAAGAAUGCUAUACGAUCAGCAUUUGAUGUGAUGCAGGCAAUCGGUUCUUCCAUAAGUGAAUUAUUUUCAACGGUGAGACUUUAUUCUAAUGUUUGGAAGGUCGUUCAUGCAUAUUUCUCUUACCUUUUUUCUUGACAACAUACAAUCCUGCAGAUAUCAUAUUUUUUUUAAUUCUAAGUCAAUUACGGAGGGGAGAUUUAAGGGGCUUUGUAGUUUUUUAACAUCUUAUUUUCUCUUUUCAUUAGAUUUCGAAUUAAUAACUAAUAAAUUCGGGUAUCGUUUGAAAUAUUUAUGAUAAAUAAGCUUACCGAGAGUUAUUUUAGGUUCAAUUCUUGAAUUUGGAUUCUCUCUGUUCAUCUUAUUCAAGAUUAAUUUUAUCCUUAUAGAUGUGUACUCUCGAGUAGUUUCCCAUGAAUGAUACCAUAAAUAAAUAAAUUUUCAUUUCAUGAGUGAUAAGCACAGUAAAUAAUUUUACACAGAGAAAAACAUAUAUGGAAAAUCGUCACAAUAAUGGUCGGAUGAUGUGGUAUUAAUUUUUUGUUUAAAGCAUAAUAAAAAUGGAAAUUUUGUUCCACUUUAUUAUCAAUAAUUUUUCUGCUAUGAUUAUCAUUAUUAUUAUGAUGGACCAAGUGCAGGUGGAGGGUGCAAGUUCCAUGGCAUCUGAUCUGGCUGCCACAGCAGCAAAAGAGAGGGCCGCGCUCGAUGAUUGCAGAGAACUUCUAUCUCUCAUAGCAGAAAUGCAGGUAGAUACAGAAAUCAGUGCUUUUUACUAAAGAAAACUGACAGGGAACAAGACAUGCAAACUGAGAUUUGAUAUCAACAUAAAUAAUAUUUACUCUCUACGUUUCUCAUAUUCAGAUGAUUAGAUAAGCAAACAAUGGAGAAAAUUACUUUAUUAAUAAACCACUUUGAAGAUCGGGUUGGGCUCGGGCCCGGGCCCGGCGGCACCCCGACCACUGACGUGUAGUAGCCCCGUCUCAUGAAUCUUUCUGAAACAGGUGAAGCAGUCCAGCUUAAGGGCCCAUCUCAUCCAACUGAGACGGCAAGUGGUCGGGCUGGAGCCCACGGGCCCGACCAUGGGAGCCCUACCGGGCUGA